AUGUGGCGGCGUGGCCCAUCGCAAAUUGAUCCAACUUUAACGACAGCUCCAAACUCCGUCCACGCUUGUCAACUCCUCAACGGAGAGGCCUCUUCCCACAUGGCUCGAAGCGGCCCGAUCGAGAGCCCGUAUGGCCAUCAACUGACACGUCGAGUGACCUGGCGGUCGUCGACGUACAAGAUCGUCGCCUAUCUCUAUGUGCUCGGCAUUCUGUACAUUGUGUGGCUCAUUCGCGACUUGUUCUGGCUGCCCUUCUCAUCGUCGCCGUAUCCAAAGCACGCCGAAGCGAAUGGCAACCAGCCGUCCCCCAAGGAGUAA